UUCUCUUAAAAGAGCGCAACCGCUGUUGCAGUCAGGGCGAUUUAAGCGGAGCGCAUUCCUGCACAGCGCUCGCACCGGAGGACGAGCAGCGGUGAACACAGAGACCGCAACGCCUCGCCGGGGCUGGGAGCUCACCUAAAACCUCAAAUUGGAGGUGGAGGAAGUGCUGGGUGUCGCUUGAACAUAGCGGUUACAUGUACAGCGGUUUCGGCUGAGGGUAACGUUGUGUGUUCGAGGACUGUACGCUGCGAUGUCGGAGUUUCUGGUGAGUCUACUCGGGGAGCGGCUCGUCAACAGCGAGAAAGCCGAGGUGGACGUGCAGUCUCUGGGCGCGAAGCUGUCCCUGGUCGGGCUCUUCUUCGGGUGCAGCCUGAACGCCCCGUGCAAGCAGUUCAACGGCAGCCUGUGCGAGUUUUACAGCAGGUUCAAAAAGACGUCUGAACAUAAGGACAAAUUGGAAAUCGUCUUCAUCUCGUCUGAUCCGGAUCAGAAACACUGGCAAGACUUUUUGCAGGAGAUGCCAUGGCCUGCGUUACCUUUCAAAGACAGACACAAAAAGAUGAAGCUGUGGAACAAGUAUAAGGUAACCAGUAUUCCAUCUUUGGUGUUUGUGGACGCCUCCACGGGGAAGAUCGUGUGUCGAAACGGUCUGCUGGUGGUCAGAGAUGACCCCAAAGGCCUGGAGUUCCCCUGGGGCCCGAAGCCAUUUGCGGAGGUGGUGGCAGGACCUCUGCUCAGGAACAACAGACAGACAACAGACAGCAGCUCUCUGGAGGGACACUAUGUGGGAGUGUAUUUCUCAGCACACUGGUGCCCACCGUGUCGCAGUUUGACUCGUGUGUUGGUGGAAUCGUAUCGGACCGUCAAAGAGUCGGGCCAGAAGUUUGAGAUAGUGUUCGUCAGCGCUGACAGGUCAGAGGAGUCCUUUAAGCAGUACUUCAGCGAGAUGCCAUGGUUGGCAGUGCCUUAUUCAGAUGAGGCUCGGCGAUCGCGGCUCAACAGACUCUACGGAAUACAAGGUAUUCCCACAUUGAUUCUGUUGGACACGGAGGGUCACAUGAUCACGCGACAGGGCCGGGUAGAGGUGUUGAACGACCCAGAGUGCCGGCUCUUUCCCUGGCACCCUCGGCCCGUGCUCGAGCUCAGCGAGUCAAACGCCGUGCAGCUCCACGAAGGGCCCUGCCUCGUCCUGUUUGUGGACGCUGAGGAGGAAGGUGAAUUGGAGCCAGCCAAGGAGCUGAUUCAACCAAUAGCGGAAAAGCUCAUGGCCAAGUACAAAGCGAAGGAGGAGGAGACGCCGCUGCUGUUCUUUGUGGCUGGAGAGGAUGACAUGAGCGACUCUCUGCGAGACUACACCAACCUCCCCGAAGCGGCACCUCUGCUCACGAUCCUGGACAUGUCGGCCCGUGCCAAGUACGUUCGCGAUGUGGAGGAGAUCACGCCGGCCGUGGUGGAGCAGUUUGUCGGCGACUUCCUGGCUGAAAAGCUCAAACCGGAGCCCAUCUAAAGAGACUGUCCACGUAUAAACUGGACAUAUUACAUGGGACUCACACCAUCAUCCAUCCCUGACCUAUUGCUACACCCCUCACAGUUUCCAGGCUCCCACUCUCUCUCCCAGCUACAAUCC